UCUUUUUUUGUUUGAUCUUGUUUUACUCUUUUGUAUUUGUCCUAAUGACGACGUUAUUGCCUUAAGAAUCCCACAUAAACCUUGUAUAUAAUUUAAGAUCAUAACUUAAUAUGUCUCAGCAUGAAGGCUGUGUGAAAGUGUGCGUUAAGGACACUGACACCUGUGUAAUGUGGUAACUCUGUAACCUGGAGUCAAUGUUAGCAAGCAAGUGGCUUCUGAUCAAAGUCCAACAGCACAAGUCUGCAAGGUAAGAGGAAGUGACUUCAGCAGACAGAGAACUCUCCAGGUUGAAAAGCAAUGCAGUUAAUAUCUCUGGUGCUGGGUGUGAUGCUGGUGUCUGCGGUGUCUGCUGCAGGCCAGCCUGGUUUCUUAGAGUCCAUCAUGCUGUCCAUCCAGCAGCGUCCCUGGCUCAUGGGCGUCUACGUCUUCGUCGUUGGACUUCCCCUCGUUCUCUUCGUCAGCUUCAUGUGGCCUGACAAGAGGUUCGGCCCACCCGACCAGCCAUAUUACUACAAGAAAACGGAUGAUGCCCAACCAGACGACCCUGAGGUCUCCCCGCGGAGGAAAUCGGCAAAACCCAAAAGAUCGCAGAUCAGUGAACAGAGCUCCGCAGAGGAAACAUCAACUCACAAGAGAUUGCUGAGCAAACAGUAAUGCUCUCAGUGUGACUAACCUUACUGUUAUUGUAAAACUGCUGCUGGGGCUGGAGCGGUGCAGUCAGGACUCAGUCAUGUAUAACUUAAGCUUCUGACUGUAAUGAGGACAAAUUAGAAGCUGCUCUGAGCCUCACAUACGUGAAUAGAUCUGCAGCUUACAUUUCUUUUAGUAAUCGAUUAAACUGUCGAUUUUUCUGACAAUUAGUUGGUUAUCCUGACGAUUAAUCGCAUAAAAAAAUUUGCACAUUUUGCUGAUUUUUCUCUUCUUUUUUUUUUUUACACAAUAUUAGGAAUACAUGAAAAAUGCAAAUAAACAAACAUUGCAAUUCCCUUUUCUAAAUAAGAAAAUAAAUCUUUCAUUGCCUAAAAUGCAACAACUGCAUUACUUUUUACUAUAAAUGAUCAUUUGUAGUAAAAAAAAAAACAUCAACAUGUGAGAAGCUCAGCCCUUUCUGCUCAACUUAACAUCAAUAGAGUAUUAAGCUAAUCUGUUGACUGUUUUAGGCUAACGGAGUAAAAACUGAACAGCAAAAGGAGCUGAUUGUUUAUUUUAACAGUUUUGACUCAGUUACUACCCUGAGUGUGUUGUUCUUUCAGCAAAUGGCCUGUAAUUGAGAUUGUAUUUAGUUAGUACGUCGUUAGCGAUUAAUCGAUGACUCGACUUGUUGAUGAUUAUUUCAAUAAUCAAUUAAUCACAAUUAAUCUGAUUAAUCGUUUCAGCCCUAGACGUGACUACGACGUAUGCUGUCUGAUUGCUAAAUCUGAAUAAUAUUCAGCAGGCUGUUUGUCCUCAUUAAAAUGUAAAUGAAAACACAUAAAUGUGACAUUUCAAAGUUAAUUAUAGAUUUACAUAUUUUAUUUUAUGUAAACAUCUCAUUUCCUGUCAGAAACAUAUGUGUUGGCUGGGUAAAAAUAUCAUUUUUAUACAUUAUAAAUUAAUAUUUCCUAGGUUAAUUGCAGUUUUUCAACCACACAUUUAGAUUCACCAGUCUAAAUUCACCUUCAGCAUCCAUUACAACGUUUCAGUUUAUGGUAAUAUUCUUCAUUAAUCACAAAAGAAGACAAGAUGCUUUCUGUAUCAGAUACUAAGUUCUAUUUUUCUAAUACUUGUUUCAUGCAAUAAAAUGCUAAUUAUUUUCAAAGUCA